AUGGAAGAGCAGAUGCAGCAGCAGCAACAAUUUAGAAACUUUAAAGAAACUCUCUUCUGGAAUGAUCUGGUUGGCCUUACAGAUAAGAAAGUUGUGAAUAAAGUUUGUAAACUUGUCUCCUGGACACCGCCCAUCACUCAUGUCUAUAAGCUCAAUAGUGAUGGAAGCUUCAAAGAGGAUAAAUGUGGUUGUGGAGGCAUAGUAAGAAAUUGGGAAGGCAAACUGAUCAUCAUGGUUUUUUCUAUACAAUUUAUGGGGGAUUCCAGCAUCUUGGGAGAAACAAAGGCUCUAUUCUAUGGCUUUCAUUGGUGCAAGCUUAAUGGAGUUUCUCGAAUUCAACUGGAAACUGAUUCUUUAAUGCUAGUUGCUUGCAUUAAAGAUGUCUAUAAAAUUCCUUGA